AUGGGACUGCAGAUCCUCAGCUCCACGCCGGAGCACUCCUCCCAGCACUCUACCGGCGCGUCCACGGCCACGACCGAGUCGGGUGCCGCCGGCCGGCUGCCGACGCCGCUGGGCCUACCUGUCGCCAUCCCCGACGAGGCCGUGACCUCGCGCUCGGCGUCGGCAUCGGCGCAGUCGGCGUCGUCGCGGUUCAAGGGCGUGGUGCCGCAGCCCAACGGGCGGUGGGGCGCCCAGAUCUACGAUCGCCACGCGCGCGUCUGGAUCGGCACGUUCCCCGACGAGGACGCCGCGGCGCGCGCCUACGACGUGGCCGCGCUCCGCUACCGCGGCCUCGACGCCGCCACCAACUUCCCGCGCACGGCCGCGUCGACGGAGCUCGCCUUCCUGGCGGCGCACUCCAAGGCCGAGAUCGUCGACAUGCUCCGCAAGCACACCUACUCCGACGAGCUCCGCCGGGGCCUGCGCCGCGGCCGCGGCAUUGGGGGCCGCGCGGAGCCGACGCCGUCGUGGGCGAGGGAGCCGCUCUUCGAGAAGGUCCUGACGCCGAGCGACGUCGGCAAGCUGAACCGCAUCGUGUUGCCGAAGCAGCACGCCGAGAAGCACAUCCCCCUGAAGCGCGCGCCGGAGACAACGACCGCCGCUGACAAGUGCGUGCUGCUCAACUUCGAGGACGGCGAGGGGAAGGUGUGGCGGUUCAGGUACUCGUACUGGAACAGCAGCCAGAGCUACGUGCUCACCAAGGGCUGGAGCCGGUUCGUCCGGGAGAAGGGCCUCGUCGCCGGCGACGUCGUCGUGUUCUCCUGCUCAGAGUACGGACAGGAGAAGCACUUCUUCAUCGACUACAAGAAGACCAUGACGGCGAGUGGCGGCGCAGCGGCGUCGCCGCCGCCGGUGGUGGAGACAGGCAAAAGAGAAGAAGCCCAUGUCGUGAGGCUGUUCGGCGUCGACCUCGCCGGAGAGAUGAGGGGGCUAGCGGCGCCGGCGGGGCUGGAGUUGUCCAAGAGGCAAUGGCAUUAG